AUGAAAGUAGUCGAGACUCUGGAUCAGCCAUCUCCAACUCAAGAUUAUGCCAAAGUACUCGAAUCUCCGAUCCCACCAACAAGCCUAAGCCUAGAGCUUUUGCACAAGACACAAGUGGAAGGUGUCCCAGUGGCUUUGUGCCAGUUCCAAGGUAGAUUACUGGCUGGAAUAGGCUCUACACUCAGACUAUAUGACUUGGGGAAGAAGAGGUUGCUCAAGAAAUGUGAGAACAAGCUUUUCCCGAACACGAUUAUUUCUAUUCAGGCCUACCGUGAUUGCAUUUACGUGGGCGACAUCCAGGAGUCUUUCCACUUCUGCAAGUAUAGGCGGGAUGAGAAUCAGCUCUACUGA